AUGAACAGCCAGUACAUGCGCAGGGAAGUCUUCUGCUGCGAGACCUGCGAUGAGCUCAAAAGCUUCUGGGAAAAGGAAAUUAGCAAACAGACUUGUUACCGAGAACUUGAAGAAGACCGCCAGGAGAGAAGCGCUCUGAGAAAGCUUCGAGAAGAAUGGAAGCAGAGGCUGGAGAAGAGGCUGAGAAUGCUGGACAAUCCUGAUGAUAAGGGAAAGCAAGCGAACACCGAGAACUGAGUGCUUCUGGCAAACCAUCAAGGGCAUCUUUUUCUAAGAGGAAAACAA